AUGAACUCAAAGUCGUUGCGCCGUCUGGCCGCCGACCACGGCUCCCUUCACACUGCCGGCCUUCCUCCCAACUACCUCUUCCCUCCCGAAUCAGACAGCUCUGCUGAUCUCACCUCGCUCGACAUCCUGCUCGCCGGCCCGGUCGGCACUCCCUAUGCAAGUGGUGUAUGGCGACUACACCUCGACAUCCCGCCCACCUACCCAACCGCACCACCUACAGCCCAAUUCCGGACCCGGUUAUGGCACCCCAAUAUCGACGAGGCUACAGGCGCCGUCUGUGUGGAGACGCUGAAACGUGAUUGGAGCAGUACGCUGAAGCUCCGGGACGUCCUCGUCACUAUAUCAUGUCUAUUAAUACAGCCGAAUCCCGCGAGUGCCCUGAACGAGGCGGCAGGAAAGCUAGCCGUCGAAGACUGGGACGGCUACUGCAGAAGAGCAAAGCUCAUGACGGACAUUCACGCCGCCGUGCCGACGAGUCUCGCAAAGGACGUCAGGGAAGCCCAGAUGCGCGGUGAAGACAAGACCACGGAACCCGAACAGCCCAUAGCGAAGCCGCACUCCAAGGGCAAAGAAAAGGAGCGUGUCAAGGUCACGCCCGGCGGGCCCAAACUACAACGCAUGGCCUCUGAAGACGAGGAAAACAGGCGCCGACGCGGAACAACACAGGACGCAGACAGCGACCCGGAAAGCGACUGGAUCCCGGGUCCCGUUAAAGCAAACAAAGCCACCACCACCACCACCACACGUCAAGACAAUAUCUUCGGUAUUAGGGGGUUGGAAGAUGCCAUGCAACUCGACACACCACCCAAGCGCAUCUUCGCCGCACCAUCCUCCGCAAAAGAGAAUAUGGAAAUCGAUGACUCGGACCCUUUCAUCUCCGUGUCUCCUGAACGCUCAACACAACAGUCCUCCCGCUCUUUUGACCUUCGUCUCCCCAAAGCAGCGAGUGCAGCGAGCACAUCUCUCAACCCAUCCCUCUCAACCCCCGUAUUCGCAGAAACGCCCUCCCACCAAUUCCAAGCCCAAACCCACUUUUCAACCGCCCAGCCAACCACCCAUCCUCUCCUAAGAGAAUUCUCAUACUCGUGGGAAGAAGCCGCCGCCUUGCACGAUGUUAACCCUGACCUACACACUGGUCUGGGUAAAUCGGAAGCGAAGAAACGGCUCUCGAGCGAUGCGUUUGAAGCGAAGAGGGCGUGGGAGAUUAAGAGGUUUAGGAGGGCUGGGUGUGAUUUGAGGAGGUGGGGUAAGGGGGACUUUGGGCCUAAGGUUGGUGUUGGGAGGUUAUAG